ACAAGCUGCAUCCAGGUCUUGGGAAUCUGCGUCCGGAGUCGUCCGGUCGCGCUGGCUUCAUCCCGCGCGUGUCCUUGUCUCCAAUUCCCGUGUCUUCUUGCCUUAUUCGCCAUCUCCGGAUCCCCGCGCUUUCUUCACAGCGGCGUUUAUUGAAUUUGUCUCUUUCUCUCACAUCUCUGCGUACACGUUUUCUGCUUGAUGCCUUCCGAUUGACUCUUCAUCUGUUCUCCGUCGCCGUGCAUUUGUUUUCGUUUACGAGACACACUCGCUACAACAUCCCGUCGUCGCUGAAGUCAACGAGGCCAGUCGCGGGCUGCUCCCGGCGAUCCUCAUGGAUUUUUUCACUAUAUCCUCAGAAGUCAAUUGACUACAACUCCGGAGACGUCCGUGUCUUUUUUGCUCCGUUUUUUUCGGUGGCACUCUCCUACCAGGUUGACUGUGCCUCAUCGCAUACCGUUCCCUGCGUAUUAAGCCAGCGCCGCAUCCGUGUGGAGGGAGUUCCUCGUUUCACCCUGCAUACGACGGCUUGUUUUUUUUACGCAAAGACGUCAUCAUUUCUUGAGAAGGAAAGUGUCUUUCUUUACGCCCAGACACCAAUACAAGAUCCCGAAACUUUGAGCUGACCAGCUGCGUGUCCUUGUCUUCUUCGGCGGGCCUUGUCUUGUCAACCAGACCCGUUCCCAGCUCUAUGCGGCGGCGCACGUUCGCAGGAGGCAGUAAAAGAUGGAACUUUAGACAAGGGAAACUUUGGUUCCCAGGGGAGUUUUUUUCGAUAAAAAGCUACACCUGGUGCAUCCAAACCAGUGUUGUCUACCAGGGUAUGUGGUGUUCUUAGUGGACAAGGGCAAAGCUCCACAUACAGCGUCUCGCCAGGCAGGGCGUCGCGCACGCAGGUACCUCACCACAUAUUGUCUGUAAUGCUUGACGGGUUUUCAAGGUUCCCUUGCGCAGUAAGGGCACACCACAGGGACUUUUAUCUCGGGAAGACAUUUCUAGGUCAUCUGCAUUUGCCGAGGUUCCUCUUUUGCCCCAGAUCUGUAAAAUCGGCGUUUCUGCGCUGCCAACUGGCUCGCGGUACGCUGUCGUGGCACACCGUGUGACACGAUUAUCGGGCACAGAAAACUUUCGAUUCCUGGCACGUAAAGAGAUUUUGCGACGGUUGACAAAUGUUCUGUGUUGUGCAAAGGAAAGCCACGUUCUCUCCUUGUUUCAAGUAUUUCUACGGCGCGGUUGUGUCUCGUCUUUCGGGAUUCGACGUCUGUUGGUACCCCCGAGAGAACCGGGUCCGCAAGUGGCGCUCCGUUUGAAAGAGUUCUGUCCCGUGAGAUAUCCAAAUCAAUCUGUGAUUUAGGUGCACUCACCCCAGAGUCGUCAUUUCCGUGAAUAGGAGUAGCCAAUUCCGCCUUUUCUGCGGCAAAAUGGCGACUUUCCAAAUCGACGCGUUAGACAUGGGCUCCGAGGCUGGAGCGGAAAGCCAGACGUUGGACAGGUCCUCGCCGUUUCCUUUCUCCGUUUUCAACUCUUCCGGCGCCGGACGGUGGGAGGACAGUACCCACAAAGCUCAGGAAACAGGUUUUUAUCCUUCGUCUCAAAACGUGACGAGAGAUCAUGCUUCACCAUUGUUUGGACAGCCGCCAUUUAGUGGUCAAAAUCCAGCUUCUGCUUGCUCCACCACAGGAACCCCCCUUUGCCAGGACGAUGGGCGCAACGGCUUUCUGCACGCCACUCAGUCUCACGGCUACCCAUCAAAGACUUUGUCACAUGAGUUUUCCUUACCGGCGCCAGAAGCGCACAAUCCAGGCGACGCUGGCUACUACCGAGCCAGCGUCCAGCGCGAACAUGACGGGUGUACAGAUAGCGCAGGGAUGGAACCGACAAGUGUCACUCAGCAACGCUCCUCGAAUCAGCAUUCGACUGUCAAAGACCAACACACCCCACCGUGGUUCCAAAGCCCGGCGCCUGAUGGCGACACUUCAGUUCAGUCGUACGGUUACAUUUUAGCCUCUCAAGGAGUCGACUAUGGCUUUCCGGAUACGUCCUUUCCGCCAAUGUACCCUGUGCAUCACGAGGCGAACUCGUCAUCGGUUAUCCGGAAUCCUCAGGAAAACAGAACAGAAGAGCCCGGCUCGCACCCGUCGGCUUCGCCACAUCCUUUUUCUCCAAUGCCUCGAGACACCAGUGCCACGGGCAACGGAAUGCCGCAACAUGCAGGAGAGGAUUCCAUCGCAGAGCGAAUGCCCCCGAGCGGAAAAAACUCUAGACCGGCGGGACCGAUGGAGUGGAACACCGAAUUUGCAAAGGCGGAGAACUCGCUGAAGGCGGCUGCGGAGGAGCUGUACUCUCAUUUGCCCGAAUCUGCUCAGCGUCCCAGACGGUCGCCGUCGCCAGAUUUUGGUCACAAGUCCUCCGGCAAGGGGAAAGCCCGCGCACAUCCGUAUGCGAUUCCUGUGAGUUCGUCCUCCGGAGGGACGUGGUCCUGUUCUUCCGUGCCACCCUUCUGUCUCCCAGCUGCCUCCUCCGAGAAUCACAGACAAGCGGAGAAGGGCCUCGAUCAAGAAGCCAGGGCUCUGACGGAGGGUUUGUCUUCGGGCGAAUGCGUGUCUGGAUUUCCACUUUCCUCCGAUAUGGAAGGCGCCAGCCCUUCACUGGGAGCAAAUUGCAGAUCGAGCGGGUACACUCUGUCGAGAAAACCGACAGACAGCACCACCCAUCCCAGCUUUUCUUCGUCCUCUUCCCAAUCGUUCAGUCCGCCUCUCUCCUCGAGCCGCGACAGCCCUCGCCUCGAGCCUAAACCCGCGCCUGGCCAGUUGCCUGAGGACCAGCAGCGAGCGCCAGAAGACAGAGGCUUCCUAAGAUUUCUUCUCCCGCCUCGACAGGAGCGCCAGGAAGGGAGCGAGGACCCGUCGCUUUUCUCUGGCGAUGUGCAGAUGCAAAGAACAGAUGUUGAGGGAGACGAGAGGCAGGUGCCUAGAGUUCCCACAAGUGCUGGCGGUGAACACAUAGAGGAGGACCACCGGAGACAGGGACAGCUUGAGUCCGCUGGCCAACCCGCUGCUUCCGGAGCGCCUGCCCAAAGGCUUGGUGAAGGGGCAGGGAGAGGAAGUGAAGAAGUGAACGCUCUGGGUGUCCUUCGAGAGUGUCUAGGGGAGGACAGACAAGCUGACGAAGAAGGCGACGCGCAUCGGAGGGCACUGGAGGCCGAGGCGCCGCCCUCAGUGAAGCGGAGGCGGGGACCUGCACAGCCAGCGAAGAUGUAUUUCCACAAGAAAAAGGAGGCAUGGCGAGCUGAAGUUCUCAUCGAUGGAACGAAACGCCAAAAGAGUUUCUCUUGCAAAGUGUACGGUGAGCCACGGGCGCGGAUGCUGUGCGAAUGGGCCCGACGCUUCGCUCGAGACUUUGGGCGACUCCCCUCCAACCAGGACGUCGCCAACUACAUCCCGUGUCUGCCAAGGUGUCGGCCAGCGCCUCGCGGGAAUGACGACCGCGGCGAGCCAGCCACGCAGCACUCGGAAGGCUCGUACUUCGCUUCGUUCCCUCACUCGUUUGCAGCCCACGCCGCGCCUCCAGAUAUCGACGCGGAGGACGGGGCCUCCGCAGGCCCGCCAUGUCCUCAGGGCCCGUUUUUUGCGGGCGGGGUAGGAGCUCCUGACUGCGUGCAGACUCAUGGCCAAAUGCGGAUGUUCAACUCGGCGCAGGCCAAUAGCCAGGGAGGGGAAUUCAGGCCAUUCUUGACCCCCGAGGGGUGGAGAGAGACGGACAGCAGCAGAGAGAUGUGGCAGAAGGCCCACGGAAGCGGAGAAGGCGCGGGCACAGUCGAGAUAUCUCAGAACUCCGACCAGAUGAGUCGAGCUCAGAUGUACCACCCCGCUUACAGCCCAUACGGCCAGAUGCCGCAGCAGAGCUACUACGCGCCGCAGGGAAUGGGUGAGAGGCCAGACAACGAGGUUCUGACCUUCCCAGUGCAGCCGGCAGCGUCCUUCCCCAUCAGCGACGACACAGCGUGGUCUGCGCGGCCUGAGGCCUUCUGGAGCGCAGCAACCGCAGCGUCCCCGCACCAGCCACAAGCGUGGAUAGACGGGAGGCGCAAGGAUGAGGGAUUGACUUCGUUCGAAAACUUCUUUUCGGGCGGCCCGAAUGCGCUCGGCUGGCCACAAGGCCCCGUGCAAGGUGGCGAAGAAUUGCAGCGGCGCUUCGCAUGCACUCAGGACGCGAGACAAGACGUUCAGACCGACAGGGAGAGCCACGCGCAAGGCACAGGUCUCCGUGCCUCGCCUCCGGACUUUUUCUACGCUGACUCGAACGCCUCGAACGCACCACGCGUCGGGCCUCAACCCUUCAACGUCGAAGCUGAAUGCCAGGAACGCAUGCGCGUAGAGCGCGCGCGGGAGGGGCGGGCGCGCCUCGGAGAGGUCCUCGAGCGUCAGUCUCAGGUCCCGGUGGAGAGCGCGGGAGACGGUUUCGAAGUUCAGUUUGGUAAUCCGCGACCCCAGUCGUUUUUUAAUACACACUUCUGUGGGCCUGGCGGGCCACACAUGCCGCCGUUCCAGAUGUACGCUUCCUCCGACCAGCCGGGGGCUCCGCCUCAACAGCUUGAGCAAGCUCUUCGAGGCGGCGCCGUGUACCCUAACUUUCUCGAUGGUAGGUCCCCGCAAAAGGUCCCGCAGACGUCGUGCCCGCCUUCGCCCUUCUCUUCGUCGACCUGCGCCGGGGCGAGUGUGGCGUCGUUCCCUUCUUCGUCUGUCUCCGCGGCAGGCGUCUCCGGGUCUGCGCUCGCCGCUGCAACAGAGCUGCCCUUCUCUCCGUUUCCUUCGCCCUUCAUCUCUGACGGGCCCCUCCCGCCGCUUCCCUUUUCGGCGCCGCCCUAUGCGAGUUCGGGCGACGAGGUGUUCCUCCGGGCUCCCCCCUGCAUACCCUCAGGACAGGCAGGCGGACCCAGCCAGCUGUCGGGACCCUUCUACCUUUCUUCGGGGUUCCUAGACACCAGCGCGCCCUACUACUCUCCGCCGGUGCCCCAGGGACAUGCGACUCCGGCUCCCCACUUAGGAAUGUGUUACCACCCUUCGCUCGCUUCGGGGUCUACUCACGGCAGGUUUUACGGCCAGGCGCCUUGCGACAGGUCGCAGCACGCAUGCGCCUCGGGGCCGACUCUCGGGGCUGUCGAGCUGGCGGCAGAAGUCGCUGCGACGGCGCUGUCGACUCUGGACAAGCAGAGCUUCGACUCUCUCUUUUUGCAGACCCUCCAGGAGCUGAACUGCGAGAAAGGCGGGGCGGCAGGUUCUGCCGACCGUCCGCGGUCUCUAGAUCUUUCCUUCACUGUCCCCCUCCCCCUUCUGCACCAGGCCAGCAGCCUCUUGAACCAGAUGGAAGACCCCUUCUCGGGAAUCGCCCUUGACCCCUUCGGCCAGGGUGUAGCCACCUUGGUGCUGCCAGCCACGAGUGACUAUUUGCAUCGUCUUCCUUUCGUUGGAGCCUCAGCGGUGCUUCCGAUGGGUCGCCCCGCAGGCGGUGAGUCGUGUUUCGCUCCCCCUGAGGCGAGUGGAUGCAUCGAAACGGCGCCGAACCCGCUACGAGGCGGCGAGGUCAAAACCGGAAGCGUCUUCGGAGACACCGGGGAAGAGACACGGCCAGGUGAGGCGGACGCAAGCAAGGCGAGUUGCUUGGAGCGGUCCCGCGCGGGUGGCAUGGGCGAGGAGGGGGAGGGUGAGAGACACCGCAAGACCAGCGGUUGUGGCGACGAGGAUGAGGAAGGCUUCAGCGCCUUUGUACAGAAACGAAGAGAAAUGAACAUUGCGGCGGGGGCGCGGUUCGAGGAACUUGACGGCCUAAAAAGCCUCACCAGACCCCGAGGUGGCAGAACCAAGCGGUUCAAUGUCGGCAAAAAACCCUUCAGCGGAGUCCGCGGAAUCUACUUUCAACAGGGAGCUUGGAAGGUCCGCUACCGAGGUGACCAGGAGGAGGUUUUGAAGGUCUUUCCAUACGCCAGCGGGGACUUCGACAGUAUGUGGUUCCAGUUUCUGCUGGCUCGGCAGUUCCUCCGGCAAGUCAUCGCGAAAGGCCGCCAGCUACACGACAGCGACGGAGAAGGUCUCUCGGACGAAGAGCCCGCGUGGAUUCUGAGGCACGACGCAGCGAGUGCGAGUAGUGCGACUCGGCGUGCGGACUCUGGGCGGCCUCGGCGGGGACUGCAGGCGUCUUCUUCUUCUUCGCGUUCAUCUUCUCUCUCGGCGUCUCAGUCUCGACAGGGGCGGCGGUCGGACGGGUCCUUCGUGGAGUGGACGAGCGCCACUGGUCGGCGUCGCAACGACCCGUCUGCCGACUCGCGUGCUUCUGGAAGAGUUGGGAGAGCUGUUGCCCUCAGCGGAGCUUCGCUCGGUUCCCUCGGAGAGACAGCUGCAGGCGAGGGCGCCGACACGACUGGGGGCGCGCUCUCCUCGUUUCUCGGGAGAGACCGCAAGUGCCAAGAGCGCGGCCCGAGUCAGAGCGGCGCAUGCAGACGGCUGGACGCGGCCGUUGAGAGUCUCCGUCCAAUCUCAAGCACCGACUUCUUCGAGCCCAUUUUCUUCCCCGCUCUCUUCGGCCCCGCCAGCGAAAAGUGGGGUGUGCGCGCCGACAGAGUCAGGGACGACGUGGAGGACCUCGAGAAACAGCGCCUGGCUUCACCUCAUGCCCGCGGAGACAACGGAGACAGUGGAGACAGUGUAGCCACGAUGGAGAAGAGUCAGGGCGAGGCCGCAUGUGGAGAGGGCGAGAAGAGAAGAAGGCUGUCCAGAGAGGUCGAAGGCUCGCACGCCUCGAAGGUUGGAGAGGUGGUGGAGGAACUUGACACCCUCGAGAAGUGCCGGAGAAGUCUUUGCAGCCAGGAGGAGAAGGACAGCAUUUCGGACUCGUGUGCAACGGAGCAGACGGUGGGGACCGGCAGAGACUGUGGAGAGAAGCCGGAGGUGGAGGGGAGUGUUUCGCUUGCUCUGGACUCUGCGUGCUCUCUCUCGGCGUUUUCCCUCUCGUUUGCGGGAUCCGAGAAGAACGUAGGGGGAGAGCCGCAGGUCGAAGACGGGAGAGAGGAAGCCCGAACGCGAGCAGACACGAACGACCACAAGUCCGCAUCGGUGUCGACAGACGCCUUUGAUCUCUUGCAGGAGCCGACGUUCUCGAAGGCGACUUCUCCCACGGGACCCUCGAGAGAAAAGGAGUUCCAGCUCGUCGCCUCGUACCCUUGGGAUCUUUCUGGGGAGAUGCUCGCGAGAAAGGCCAGUCCUGGGUGGCACUCGUUGCCGCACCUGCCUCUUCUUCUCCAGGACCGACACGACCGAGUCCUCGCUUCCUCGUUUUGGCCCUAGGGUUUCGCCGCGCGUCAUUGGGGGGUGGAGUCGCAUUCAGCUCCCGAGUUGUACACUGCCUAUAUAUAUAUAUAUAUAUAUAUAUAUAUAUAUAUAUAUUGUACGAUUGAAACCAAGGCCCUCUGGAAGCGCCAGC